AGUUCUUCAAGCUGGGACAACUAAUUAUCUGUGGUCAUACUUGUAAUCUCUCUCUCCAUGUAUUGGAAAAAUGAAAAUGUGGCCCCUCAUUCAGGGGGAAACAAUGUGGAAUCUGAAGGGGAUUGUGCAGGAAAGUCACAGUCAGAUGAUGAAAAUCUGCCAUGUAGUUUGGAGAAAGAGGACCACUCUUCCCCCAGCCCUCCCUCCACUCCCUCUGUGUGCUCUCCCCCAUCCUCCUCCUCUUCUGUACCUUCAGAUGGGAAGAAUAUUUGCUCUAGCUGUGGCCUGGAGAUCCUGGAUAGAUACCUCCUCAAGGUAAACAAUUUGAUCUGGCAUGUCAGAUGUCUGGAAUGUUCAGUGUGUAGGACAUCAUUGCGACAACACAACAGCUGCUACAUAAAAAACAAAGAGAUAUUUUGCAAAAUGGAUUAUUUCAGCCGGUUUGGUACCAAGUGCGCCCGCUGUGGAAGACAGAUCUAUGCUAGUGACUGGGUAAGAAGAGCUCGGGGGAAUGCCUACCACCUAGCUUGCUUUGCGUGUUAUUCCUGUAAAAGACAACUGUCUACAGGGGAGGAGUUUGGUUUGGUGGAAGAGAAGGUCCUGUGCAGGAUCCAUUAUGACACAAUGAUUGAAAAUCUAAAACGAGCAGCUGAAAAUGGAAAUGGCUUAACAUUGGAGGGAGCUGUUCCAUCAGAACAAGACAGUCAGCCAAAGCCAGCCAAGAGAGCACGUACAUCCUUCACAGCAGAACAGCUGCAGGUGAUGCAGGCACAGUUUGCUCAAGACAACAAUCCUGAUGCACAGACACUUCAAAAACUUGCAGAUAUGACAGGACUAAGCAGAAGAGUCAUCCAGGUUUGGUUUCAGAAUUGCAGAGCACGACAUAAAAAGCAUACACCUCAGCAUGUUGUACCACCUCCAGGUUCUGCUCCAACACGUCUCCCUUCCUCAAUGUCAGACGACAUCCAUUUCUCACCUUUCAGUAGUCCAGAAAGAGCCAGAAUGGUCACAUUACAUGGAUACAUAGAAAGUCAGGUACAGUGUGGCCAGGUGCAUUGCAGACUUCCCUAUGCUGGCCCUCCGGUGCACCUCAAAACUGACAUGGAAGCAACACUGUCCAACAGAGGUGACAAGGUCAUCCUUUUUCAGUACUGAACAGCAGAAUAUUAUGUCAUUGGUGAAAGCUCACAGCCACCCGUGCCAGGACCAUGAAAUGCAUAUUGGAGCCAAAUGCAGCUUGGUAGACAGUCAGCUCUCCAGUCCUUAGACUUACCCAGACAAGUCCAUUCCAUGGUAGGGAUGCUGGGUUUACUUUGAAAUGAGGAGCUGGUUCUCUGGUUCUUAAAUAAUGACAAUGACGCAAUGACUGAGUAUAAUUUCAGUGAUUCAUACUGUCGGAUCCUUCACAGAAUUAAUUUUUCUUCUACUGCAUUUGUGGUGAUGGCAAUUUCUUACAAAAAUCAAGUGCCCUCUUCAGCCCAAAAAUGUUAAGCAUCAAAAUACUUACAAACCUUCAAUGUUGCAUGACACGGCAGGACAAAAUUUACAAGAUGUGUGACGAAUGUCCCUUUAAUGUACAUUGAAUUUAUAUACUGACUAUUGCAUUGCAAAGCCUCAAAUAAUGAUCAAAAUGUGCAACAACAUGAUAUGGAAAUAUUGGUCUAGCUCUUGUACAAGGUAUGAUAACCUGCAUAACAUCAUAAUAUCAUGUUAUGAAAAUUGCUUCAUAUUUGCUCUCUUUCUUCUGUUUCUAGAACGUCUUAUCUGGUCAUAUUAUAGUUAUCCAAUGGAGAUAAACUUUCCAAAGCAAUUUAAAGAGCUCCCUUACAAAUCCACUCAGUACUUUCAUAUUUUCAACUGCUCUUACUGAAAGAAUUUUUCUUCAAGGGAUAAUACCAAUCUAUUAAUGGUUAAUAACAAAUGAAUGCAUUGUAGUGUCAUUUCUGUUUCUUAUAGGUGCCAGUGUGCAUAAAAGUAUGUAUUUGACUAUUGUGUUAUUUGACUGAAGUCAAUGAGGUUGGGCUGAUCCACUUGUGUAGAUUGAAGUGUCAAAAGCCAUUUAAAGAUAAAAUUAUAUUGUUAAGCAACAGGGAACGUAUCUGAUAAGGAAGAAACAGGCUACAUAGCAUUAUCAUUCAUUUAACACACUCUACUGCCUACAACUGCUACACACGAAAUAUAAAAGCUUUUAUUUACAUGUGUUUUGUUUCACAUGCAUCUCUUCUAUUAAAUUUGACCAGACAUUUAGUUUUCCAUAGAGAUUAUCAGGCAGGGUUAGUUACUAAACUAUGAAUUAUCAGUAAUAAACAAAAUAAUUCUCAAAAUAGGAAACACAGCUGAUUAAGAGAAUUCUUACAAUUUACCAAUUUUGGCCUCAAGUUCUUUUGUGAGAGUUUACUGGAUAAUCCUGAAGCCCAUCUUGCCUGUAAGACUAUUGUUAUUACAUACACUAGUUUACUACAUUAGUAUACUGUGGGUACACAGUGUAUAAUUAGGGUUACCAGA